AUGCGAGCCAACGGCCCUAAUAUUCUGGUCACCGGCACGCCGGGUGUGGGCAAGACCACCCUGUGCCGCCGCUUCGCUGACGAAAGCCGGCUGAGGUACCUCAACGUCGCAGACCUGAUUCGCGACGAGGAGCUCCACGCUGGGUGGGAUGACGAGCUUGAGUGCUCGAUUUACGACGACAAGCUGCUGCGGAAGUCGCUGAAGAAGCGCGGCUUGAGCGACGGCGGGUUCCUGCUGGACUUCCACUCCGUCGAGGGCAUCGACAAGAAGGAUGUCGACCACGUCGUGGUCCUAUCGGCGGAGAUCGAGACGCUCUGCGCGCGUCUCAAAGAGCGCGGCUACAGUGACCAGAAGAUCGACUCGAACAUCGAGGCGGAGAUCUUCCAGGUGUGCUUCCAGGACGCCGUCGAGCAGUUCGGGCAGGACCGCGUGACGAUGCUGCCGCACAACACUGAGGAGGAGUCGCUACAGGCCUUAGAACACGUUCGUAAGCUGGUGGCAUCGUACGCCUAA